AUGGCUCUCCCAUUGCCUGUUGGCCUUACUCCUCCAGAGGUCGCAUUCCUCUGCGAGAUGGAGCUGGUCACUGUCAUACCUCGCCAGCGACUAGAUAGCAUAGAUUUACUCGGGGGAGCUACACCCGAGCUACGGCCUCCGCGACGAAGCGACAUACCCCUCUGGCUCGCUCUUCUCCUCAAAAAGCAGCGGCGCGCAAACAUCGUUCCCCCACCAUGGCUCCAUCCAGACUCCCUCACCGAGAUCAUCCACCACGAGACCAAGAUCGACCCCGAAGCCUUCUCCCCGCCUCCGCCACCCCCAGUCCGAGCCGGCGGUCGCGGAACCACGAAGAGGGUAGACCCCGAAACCACAGACCCCGCCAAGGAGCCAAUACUAUCCCCUCCCUUCCUCCCGUCGUGCACCGCCGACGCGCCUCCGUCCGCGCUUCCGUACCACUGGCUCGAGCUCUCCGAGAUACUCCUCGCUCACGCGGCGGACGACAUAACGGCCGCCACCGAAGUGCGCACGUUAUUGCGCGACUUGAGGGAGGUGCGGGCGGCUAAGAUGCGCGCCAGUACGGGGCAGCUUGAGAGCGGGGUCGCGGGCGUGAUGAGUCUCAGAGGCGUCGGCGCGAUGGAGCUGGCUGAGAACAGAGGGUUCGUACUUAGCGUUAUGGACGGGGUAAGGAAGCUCGGGGCGAGUGCUGAGGCGAGUAGGAGGGAGGAGGAGGAGGCGGGUGGCGGGGCUGGGGAGGAAGAGAGUGAUGAGGAUAUGGAGUUAUGA